AUGAAAUCACCUGUUGUUUAUUCUCUGAUGGUUGUUCUCCUCUUUGUACUCCAGGAAAAAAAUUCUAUUCUUUCAUUAAAUGUACCCACUUCUUCUGGCUACUAUCAAGAUGGAGAUUUCAUUAUUGGUGGACUCUUUUCCCUAAGAGUGACUAAUGGUUACACCAGAAGCAGAUUUGACUUUGGAGACAAAAUCUAUAUACCAGAUCACGUUCAUGUGGUUCUUACUAAGAAUUAUCAGCACCUGCUGGCCAUGGUAUUCGCUGUAGAGAAAAUCAACAAGGAUCAGAAUAUGUUGUUCAAUAUGUCUCUAGGAUUCCAUCUCUUCAAUGUUGACUUUAUUGAGAUGAAGGCUGUGGAGAGUUCCAUGUCUCUGCUUUCAGGAAAGAGUCCUCCAGUUCCUAAUUAUGACUGUAGGUCUGAGAAGAGAAACAAGCUGGUGGCUGUGGUAGGAGGCGUUUCAACAGGAAUAACAGUUCAAAGUUCUCAGGUGCUAAGUCUCUACAAUGUCCCCCAGAUCAGUUAUGGUCCAUUUGACCACAGCCUCAGAGACAGAGCCCAACACCAGUCUCUUUACCAGUUUCCCAUGAACCCUACAGCUCUAUAUCAGGGAAUUAUUCAAAUAAUGCUGCACUUUGAUUGGACCUGGGUUGGCCUUGUGGUUCCUGAUGACAUCAGGGGAGAAAUGUUCCUCAGGGACAUGACACAAGAAAUGACCAACAAUGGACUCUGUGUUGCAUUUGCAGAAAGAAUUCCAGAGUUUCCUGUUGAGGAUAUUAUCAACAAUGAACUUUUUAUGGAAAGAUUCACAUUUACAAAUGUCAGUGUUGUAUUUGGAGAUACAUAUUCUCUUCUGAGAUUUGUAUAUAAAUUAUUUUGUAAUCUUCCUUUUGGUAAUAUCUGGGUUACAACGUCCGACUGGGAUAUAACUCUACUACCCUUUGGACAACAGCAAGGCUAUACGUAUUUUGGUGGAGGAUUAUCAUUUUCUGUACACACAGAAGAGAUCCCUGGUUUUAAUGAUUUUCUCAAAAGUGUUCAGCCUGCAAAAUAUCCCCAUGACAUCUUUAUCCAGGAUGUGUGGUCUAUAUUAUUUGAAUGUCCGUAUCUUUAUCAAAAUGGGAUCAAGUUGUUGAGCCCGUGUGAGCAAAAUGGUAGCCUUGCAACUCGAACUCUGCCUGUCUGGGAUAUGAAAGCCUCACACCAGAGUUACAACAUCUAUUCUGCUGUACACGCCAUUGCCCAGGCACUUCAUGAAGAACUCUCACUAAGGGUGGAAGAAGGAGCAGUUGACAGAGGUGCAAGUUUAACUCCUCAUUCUUGGCAGCUCCAUCCAUUUCUACACAAAUGCCAACUUGAAAGAAGAGUUGAUAAGGAGAAAAUUGUGAAUAAGAAAAUUUCAACAACUAAAUUUGACAUCUUCAACUAUCAGUCUUUGCUGAAUGGUACUAAAACCCAAGUGAAAGUUGGAGAGUUUGAAUUCAAAUCCUACAGUGAUCAGUGCCUUUCCUUAAAUGAUAAACUGAUAAUGUGGGGUGAGCACUACGGUGAGAGUCUCAUGACUCCCUCUGCUGUUUGCAGUCAAAGUUGCCCACUUGGAUUCAGAAAAACAGCUCUUGAAGGAAAACCAUUUUGUUGUUUUGAUUGUGUUCCUUGCCGAGAUGGGGAGAUCGCCAAUGAAACAGACAUGGAUCAAUGCAUCCAGUGUCCUGAAGACCAGUAUCCAAAUAAGCAGAGAAGUCAGUGUCUCCCCAAAAUUAUGACAUUUUUGUCUCAUGAAGACCCUCUAGGAGCUAUUUUGGUCUCCAUGGCCCUUGGUUUAUCUGUCAUCACUGCUCUGAUUUUAAAACUAUUUAUUCAAUAUCGAGAUGUACCCAUCAUCAGAGCCAAUAACAGAAACCUCAGUUACCUCCUCCUGGUUUCCUUAAUGCUCUGCUUCUUUUGCUCCUUGAUGUUUAUUGGUCAACCUAGCCCAGUCACCUGUAUCCUGAGACAAACAUUCUUUGGAGUUGUAUUUUCUGUAGCUGUUUCUGCUAUUUUGGCAAAGACCUUCAUUGUGGUUGUGGCCUUCAAAACUGUCAAACCAGGAAGCAAAUUUCAAAUGUGGAUGGUGACCCGAUUCUCCAAUGCCAUAGUCGUCACUGGCUCCCUCAUUCAAGUGUGCAUCUGCACAGUAUGGCUGGGAACUUCUCCCCCUUUCCCUGACAUGGACACACAGUCAGAGUUUGGUCAAAUCAUCCUUCAGUGUAAUGAAGGCUCCCCGGCUGCCUUCUACUGUGUACUGGGUUACUUGGGGUUUCUGGCACUUCUCAGCUUGAUUAUUGCUUUUCUGGCCAGGAAGUUACCAGACAAAUUCAAUGAGGCAAAACUGAUCACAUUCAGCAUGCUGGUCUUCUGUAGUGUGUGGAUUUGCUUCAUACCUACCUAUCUGAGCACCAAGGGCAAAAACAUGGUAGCUUUAGAAAUUUUUUCAAUCUUGACUUCUGGUGCUGGCUUGUUGUGUUGUAUAUUUCUUCCCAAGUGCUAUGUGAUCUUACUGAGAGCAGAUGACAAUUCAAGGAAAAACUACUUAAAACAAGGUCCUUCCAGGAGGCAAAGAAAUUAA